CGACGACCGAGUCAGAGCUCGGCUUUGGCGAAAAAAAAAAUCGACCAGUAAAGGAGACCGGAAGCACAGGAUUUGAUUCUUUCCCUCAGGUCACUUUGGGAAAUUUUGUCCGUUGUGACUAGUGAUCCACAUUUUAUGGUUCCUACUACGAAUCACUCGCCUGCGUACUCUGGCUUUCGCUUUGGAUUCAUCCGCCUCAUGGAUCUGUUCCCACAAUCGCCGCACUCCUGGGGGGAGGUCGUGGCGUGGCCAUGGGGACAGCCACGGCUGAGACAUACGUAAGCUAUGUUGAAUGGGUAUCUUACCUUCUAGCACUUCUUAUUGACUUGGUGUCUCCCCCUCUUAUUAGCCUGGCUGGAUGGCUGCGGGAGAUGAGCAUUUGAGGUGACUGGCACCUUACAGACAAGCAAUUUAACUUAGGGAUGGUUCGUCCCCUGAUUUGGACGUGCCUUGUGGCGUUUGUCAGUGGGGACUUCGUGUCAACCAACUACCAAAGGUACAACCACGGAGCGCUGGGCCACCGUCCUCAUCUGGAAUUUCACUCCAGCAACGAGUAUGCACCUGUUCUGCAGGCCAACAUAUGGGACCAGGACGCCAUAUCCAGCACGGGCUCACAUAUAUUCCUCCGACAUGACGGCAACGACUCCUCACCUCUCGCGUCGCCCCUUAUUCUCGAUGCCAACGACUUGAGUGCGGUCUACAUGAACCGCUCCUUUGAAAAUGUCUUCGGCACCCGUGUGCAGGAGAAUUUCGGCAAGAAGUACCUGACGUUCUGGGCAGGGGAGAAGGGGGAUGGGAUUGGUAGUGGCUAUGGGCUUGCUUACGAUGACAACUACCGUUUGGUCUAUAAAGUAUCGGCGCAUAUUCAGACACACAGCGACCUCCAUGAGUUUGCCUUCACUGGUAACGGAACCGUUUUGGUCACGGGUGUAAACAAGAUCAAAGCGCGUGCGUCAGACCUGAACAAAGGGUGGUGGCUUCCAGCCCGGUUCGAGGUCCUGGACACCGUUUUCCAGGAGAUCGACCUCGAGACAAACGAGGUGCUCUUCAACUGGCGAGCCCUGGAUUACUUGAACCCCAUGGACUCGUCCGAGGGUAGGGGCGGUGGUUGGGAUGCCUAUCACAUGAACAGCAUUCAAAAGACCCAAGCAGGCAACUAUCUCAUCUCGAUCCGUCACUUCAACUCCAUCUAUCUCAUCAACGGGAAGAAUGGCGAUAUCAUCUGGACACUGGGUGGCAAACACAACAACUUUGUCGAGCUGCCUCCCGCUGAAGACCUCGGGUCCAUCCAACCCUUACUGUCAAUGCGCUGGCAACACCAUGCCCGCUUCGUACCCGGUACCAACGAGACCCAGAUGACCUUCUUCGACAACCACGUCAAAGAAACCUCACACGGAACAUGCGACACGGAAUGCUCGCGGGGCCUACACAUCGCCAUCGACGACACAGCCUCGCCCCCCACCGUUCAGCUCCUGCGCGAAUUCCGUCACCCGUCACAACUCCAGGCCCAGAGCCAAGGCAGUGUUCAGCCCCUUUCCCCCCUCCCCGAUGACCUCGGCAACGUAUUCAUCGGAUGGGGUCGCUGCCCCUCAUUCACGGAGCACAGCUCGUCCGGCAAGACAGUAAUGGACGUGCAGUUCUCGCCAUGGCACAGCGACGACAUCCCCGACGCGCUGGACAACUAUCGCGCAUACAAGCUUGACUGGACAGCCACCCCCUGGUGGGAUCCCGCCAUUGCGCCACGGAUGAACACAAACGGCCAGUUGGUCGUCUACCUCAGCUGGAACGGCGCAACGGAAGUGAAAAGCUGGGUUAUCCGGGGUGCGGCGACCAACGACCGGUCGAUCAACAAGGGAGAAUUGUGGGCGAACUCACGACGGACUGGCUUCGAGACGAAGAUCACGCUUGGGAAGACGACAUGGCAGUAUAUCUGGGCCGAUGCCAUGGAUCGCAAGGGGAACGUUAUCGGGUCGACAGAGGUUGUGGACCUACACACCGCGGAAUUGUCAGUCGCGGUGGACCAGUACGAUGAGUCUGAGUCGACCUUUCUUCGCCCAAAGAAGGAGAAACCGACACCGAACCCGAACCAGAACCCAAACCAGAAGCAGAAGCAGAAGAGGGUUGGAUUGUCAACGACAGCAAUCGCCUUGCUGACGGCCGCUGUCGCGGGGUGGCACCGGUGCCGCAAGUACAAUCGUUUGGAAACGGAUGAUUUUGAUCUGGGUUCGGAUUCGGAUUAUGAUCAGAGGGAUCUCGAGGACUUUGAUAGCUUCGAUGAUGGCUGUGGUGACGGUGACGGUGUUUUCCACGAUAAGGCUGUGGGUGUUGAUGGUGAUGGUGACGGUGAUGUCGCGUUGCAAUUCAGGGGGGGUGAUGGUGAUGACGAGACCCCGCUUUUUGUCCUAAGGCAGAACUACCUAAAGCAGAAGUUGAUGGGUACUAAAGUGUAACAUAGCGUUUGCAGACUAGUGUACAUUAUCU